AUGUCACUAGCGCACAAAAUCUUCGCCACGCUGAAGGCGAGUGGGGAUAGCACUUUUCCCAGUCCUGCAGCGCCGACGUCAGGUCAGUCGGAAACAGCUACUACCACGUCAGCGUCUCCGUCAGGCUCGUGGAAUGAGCGCUUCUACCAUAUUGCGGUGCAAGGGUGCUGUCACGGAGAGCUCGACCGCAUCUACGACUCCUGCAGCGAGCACGAGCGACAAACUGGCAAGCGGAUCGACGUGCUGCUCUGCUGCGGUGACUUUCAGGCCGUGCGGACGGCCAGGGACAUGGACAGCAUGGCAGUGCCGGACAAGUACAAGGUACUCGGUGACUUCCAAAAGUAUUAUGCCGAUGUGUCGGGUGCAUCCACUGGACACAAGGCGCAAAUAUUGGCACCGUAUUUGACCAUCUUUGUAGGUGGCAACCAUGAGAACUCUGACCUCCUGGCGCAGGAGAGCUACGGUGGCUUUGUGGCGCCGAACGUCUUCUAUCUAGGUCAUUCCUCUGUCGUCACCGUGGACGACUGUCUCACCAUCGCAGGGCUUAGCGGCAUCUUCAAGGAUCCAGAUUACGACCGCCCGUAUCCACCCCGGCCGUACGCUUUGAAUCCAAUGGCCAAAAAGUCCGCCUAUCACGUGCGGCGGAUUGAGGUCGCGAAGCUGCACGCCUACCUGCGCGCCACCCAGAAAAUACGCAGCAACAGCACCAUUGAGACGACCAAGACAACCUCAGCCACGUCGCUCGCCGCGUCGCCGCCGAUGGUCGACCUCUUUCUCUCCCACGACUGGCCCGUUGGCAUCACCAGCUACGGCGACGAGGCGCAGCUGCUGCGCUUCAAGCCGUAUUUCACGGAUGACAUCCGCCGCCACGCCCUGGGCAACCCGCACACCAUGCGCCUGCUGCAGGAGGCAAAGGCGCCCUACUGGUUUGCCGCGCACCUUCACUGCUACUUCGAAGCCACCGUCGAGCAUCCAAGCGCGGGCGCGACGGAGACGAUGGCAGCGGCAGCGGCGGCAUCCACAAAGUUUGUGGCCCUGGACAAGUGUGCGAAGGGGCACGGGUGUCUCACCUUCAUCGACCUCCCACGUGUGCGUCGAGGCAGCGUGUUAGCCGCACCGCCGUCGGAAAGCCAUCCACAUGACACAGCUACUGUGCUGGGUGCCUCGCGUAUUCGACGGGACCCGGUGUGGCUAGAGGUGCUUCGUGCCUCUCACCAGUUUGUUGCAGCAAACCGCACUGUCGAGGCAGGACUUGGCGGCGGCGGCUUCGACGUGGACGAGGCUGUGAAGGAGGUCGUUGCAAGUUGCCGGAGUGCCACGAGACCCUCUGCUGCCGCGCUUCUCGCGCCGACAACAGAGACGCUGCUGGCGGCACUACAACUUUCCCCGGCACUUCCCCUUCAGCAGAUAGCGCCUGCAGCCGCAUCGCCGGUGUCUCCCACGAAAGGGGCUGACGGGAGGACGCCCCCGUCGGCGACCAGGCGCGACGAAACCGUUUGGCAGAAUCGAAACAACACCCGAGGUACUGGUGGUGGUCUUCAGCCACACCACCCACGAGCACGCACAGAGGCGACGAGAACGUCUUCUGCCUCCACAGCGGCACCUAAGUCAAGCACCCCGCUGUGGUAUACUGCAGACACACAGCCCUCGCAGCAACCGCCAACGAGCGCGCUGUGCAUCUUCGAGGAUAUGGGACCAACAGGCUGCUCCUCAGCCCCGUCUUCGACGUCAGGUAUGACAACUGGUCAUAUCUCGCCUUCGUUUGCUUGUACCGACGGCGACGGCGGCGCACCACCGCGGGAAUCGGCAGCAACAACGCUGAGCUGGUUCGAAGACACAACGCAGCAGCAGCAGCCGUGA